CCGGGGUGCUGGUUACGUAAAUGAUCCUAGCCCAGUGACAGGCCUCCCGACUGGGACUGCGGGAGGGGAGGGAGCGGCGGAGGGGGCGGGGACCAAGUGACCAGGCGGCGGCGGCGGCUCCGCCAGGGUGACGAUGUGCUAGGAGCCCGGCUCCGUCUCCUGCGCCUCCCCGGCCCGGGCGCCUGUCCUCGCUGCACUCGGGAGCCGGCCGCUGAGCUAUGAGGGAGGCUCUCCCCGGCUGGCCGAGGCCCCGGCUGGCUGGCUCUGCAGGGCGCCAAGUGUGAAGAGAGGCGAGGCAGAGCUGGGCUGCGCGGGCAGCAGAUGCAUUUUGUAGGAGUAUUCUGAGGAUGAAUAUUUUCAAAUCAGUUUGAAAUAGCUGAGCACCACAUACAUGGGAUGCAUCCUACUUUUACACUGGAGCUCACUUUUGUGGCCUGGAUAUAUCACAGAAGCAUUUGUCUUCAAUCUGUGUGUUAACUAGAAAUCAAGCAUGAGGAGAUUUGUCUACUGCAAGGUGGUUCUAGCCACUUCACUGAUGUGGGUCCUUGUUGAUGUCUUUUUACUUCUGUACUUCAGUGAGUGUAACAAAUGUGAUGACAAGAAAGAGAGAUCCCUGCUGCCUGCACUGAGGGCUGUUAUUUCAAGAAACCAAGAAGGACCAGGAGAAAUGGGAAAGGCUGUGCUGAUUCCAAAAGAUGAACAAGAGAAAAUGAAAGAACUGUUUAAAAUCAAUCAGUUUAACCUCAUGGCCAGUGACUUGAUUGCCCUUAACCGAAGUUUGCCAGAUGUGAGAUUAGAAGGAUGCAAGACAAAAGUCUAUCCUGAUGAACUUCCAAACACAAGUGUAGUGAUUGUCUUUCAUAAUGAAGCUUGGAGCACUCUGCUUAGAACUGUUUACAGUGUUAUAAACCGUUCCCCACACUACCUACUCUCCGAGGUCAUCUUAGUGGAUGAUGCCAGUGAAAGAGAUUUUCUCAAGUUGACAUUAGAGAACUACGUGAAAAAUUUAGAAGUGCCGGUAAAAAUUAUCAGGAUGGAGGAACGCUCUGGGUUAAUACGUGCCCGUCUUCGAGGAGCAGCUGCUUCAAAAGGGCAGGUCAUAACAUUCCUGGAUGCACACUGUGAGUGCACGUUAGGGUGGCUGGAGCCCUUGCUGGCAAGAAUAAAGGAAGACAGGAAAACGGUUGUAUGCCCUAUCAUUGACGUCAUUAGCGAUGAUACCUUUGAAUACAUGGCUGGAUCAGACAUGACUUAUGGCGGUUUUAACUGGAAACUGAAUUUCCGAUGGUAUCCUGUUCCCCAAAGAGAAAUGGAUAGGAGGAAAGGAGACAGAACAUUACCUGUCAGGACCCCUACUAUGGCUGGUGGCCUAUUUUCUAUUGACAGAAACUACUUUGAAGAGAUAGGAACUUACGAUGCAGGAAUGGAUAUCUGGGGUGGAGAGAAUCUUGAAAUGUCUUUUAGGAUAUGGCAAUGUGGAGGCUCUUUGGAGAUUGUGACUUGCUCUCACGUUGGCCAUGUCUUUCGGAAGGCAACUCCAUACACCUUCCCUGGUGGCACUGGUCACGUCAUUAACAAGAACAACAGGAGACUGGCAGAAGUCUGGAUGGACGAAUUCAAAGAUUUCUUCUAUAUUAUAUCCCCAGGUGUUGUCAAAGUGGACUAUGGAGAUGUAUCAGUCAGAAAAGCACUGAGGGAAAAUCUGAAGUGUAAGCCUUUCUCUUGGUACCUAGAAAACAUCUAUCCGGACUCCCAGAUCCCAAGACGUUAUUACUCACUUGGUGAGAUAAGAAAUGUUGAAACCAAUCAAUGUUUAGACAACAUGGGCCGCAAAGAAAAUGAAAAAGUGGGCAUAUUCAACUGUCAUGGCAUGGGAGGCAACCAGGUGUUUUCCUAUACUGCUGACAAAGAAAUCCGAACUGAUGACUUGUGCUUGGAUGUAUCCAGACUCAAUGGGCCUGUAAUCAUGUUAAAAUGCCACCACAUGAGAGGAAACCAGCUAUGGGAAUAUGAUGCUGAGAAACUCACUUUGAGACACGUUAACAGUAACCAGUGUCUUGAUGAACCUUCUGAAGAAGACAAAAUGGUGCCUACCAUGCAGGACUGUAGUGGGAACAGAUCCCAACAGUGGUUGCUGAGAAACAUGACCUUGGGGGCAUGAAGACCCAAACCCCAAGAUGUGAAAGUGUCUACACUUUUGUUUAUCCAUUAUUUCAGUUUGGGGAGAAUAUUAACUUUGACAAAAUAAAAGUUUAAAAAAUACUUUUAGUAUUCUAAAACACAGUUGUUUAUAAUUCACUUUUUGGGAACGUUUAUUUCCUUACUAAAAUUUGUAUCUGAUUGAAGAAGCACAUAGAUUAUAAAUAGUGGCAAACUGUUAUGAAACAUUGGAACAACUUGGGGAAAAAAACCACUUGUGCUUGCUUUAAAAAUAAUUUUCAUUGGCCUCCUGUCACAGGGUUACUGGGGUUUGUUUAUUUUGUGUUGUGAUAAUGAUUAAAAGAGAGAUAAUGUAAAUGCCUUAUAAAAUAACUUGAUUAUGAAAUACUAUCAUUGCUUUAUAAAUUACUCUUUCUACAAUAGCUUCAUGGAACUAUGCUGAAUUUCUAUGUCAACAAUUAGAACAAAUAUUAAAUUAUUCAUGGGCAUUGAAUUCAUCACAGAAAAUGUUAGGUUUCAAAUUUUGUACCAGGAAAACAAAACUGUUAGAUACUGAAUUUGUAGAAUAUAAAACCAUUAUUCUAAGUAAAGGAAAGAAUUUUAAAAUUCAGUUGAAAUAAUAAGUUUAAAUAAAAUGAAAUAAGAAGGUAGCCAGACAUUGAGGACCGGGGAAGAUAAACUGCAACAACCACGGUAAAAAAGUUUCUCUUCCCAACAGUGGCUGAGGACCAUCCUGCUCUGAAAUACUGCAGAACCUGAACCCCGCACUGCUGUCUGUCUCUGUACGCCUGGCUGCACGUUUGCUCUUCACUCUAGAGGCUCUGGCUUAUUGCUUACGCUGUACAGAAUUGUAGCAGAAGGGUCACAGUUUAAACUUCAUUUUAACUAUUAUUUAUGGAUCUUAGUUCAGUCAGUAUUGUCAUUGGAACUUUGUAUUUUAUUAAAAGUACUUUACUAUCAGUUUAUUCCCAUGCUAUAAAAAUCUAACAUUCAUCC